CUGGCACAACAGCGCCACUUUUGAGCGGUUGUAAAUAUUGCUAACAAUAACAUACCGCAGAAGUUGUCAGACACUCAUCAAUGAACUCCAGAACAACACCGAAACGAAAAUAGAGCCGUCGGCUGUACGUUGACGGUCAAAGAUGGUUCAAGACAGCGCUCAUAUUCGGCGGCGGGGGGCCCAGGACUUUAUGGCAUACUAUGACUUUGCCUGUGCCAGACAGGAGUCUGUCCCUCUCCCAGCUGUGAAGAUAAAGCUUGACAAAGGGAUGUUGGACUUUAACGGCGACAGGGUCAAACUCACAGACUGGCCACCCAUUCUCAGCGCUAUUUGCAUCAAUAAACAUCUGCACCAUAUUGCAAUUAGCAGCACAUAUCAAUCUAGUCUGGGCUCUGGGGAUACAGAUAGAUGGUAUCUAAAGUCUAACUUCAAGAAGAAGAUUCCAGCCAUCCGCUCCAAGGACAUGACAUUUAAGUUGUGCAAGGCCCUGAGAGAGUGUCUGAGUAUUUCUCCUAACCUCAAGACUCUGCAGCUUAAUGGACUUCCGCUGAGAGAGCGGGACCUCAUCACCUUGACAAAGGGUUUGGCAAAAAGUGUUUCCUUGGAAAAUGUAUCCCUGGCUAACUGUCCCAUUAGUGAUGAAGGCUUAGAAGUCAUUUGUCAAAGUGUUAAGUAUUCUACGAGCAUCAGGAUGGUAGAUUUUACAGGAUGUAAUCUCACCUGGAGAGGGGCUGAGCACAUGGCAAACAUCAUCAAGCAUCAGGGCAUGCAGAGGCAUGGUACUGCAUGGGCAGAGUCUCUGAGGUACCGACAGCCACAGUUUGAAGGAAUGAGAGGACUCCGCCGAGUCACCCUUAACUGUAACACUUUGAUUGGAGACCGGGGAGCCGCUGCUCUCGCAAACGAACUAGCUGAGGACCUCUGGGUUAAAGCUGUGGAUCUGCAGAGGUGUGGUCUGUCCAAUGAGGGAGCUGGUCGUUUGUUGGAAGCCUUGAAAACGAAUACUACUCUUUGUGUCCUGGAUAUACGAAGCAACCCUUUAGUGGACAAGGUCCUCAUUAAAACUCUAUUAGAGAAAGUUUUAAUGAAUGCUGGUCAGACACCAGAGUACUGCUGGAUCAAGCCUGCAACCACAGAGCCACAGAGAACAUCUGGUCCAAGAAGGCGUUCACAGCCAAUUGCUGUCAGAAGGAAAACUACAGUAAGGAUAGCCCCUUAUAAAGGAACGUCCACUGGAGGGUGGAUUUCAGGCGUUCCUCGGCAUGCUGCUGCAAGAGCUGGACGCCAGAGAGGUAUGCCUCCUGGAGUCAGUGUGAUUGAUCAAAGCUUUCAGGGUGCAGCUACUGUGAAGGGUACCAUGGAGUCAAAUUCAGAGGGAGAUAUAGAAGAAGAAGAGGAAGAAAUUGUGGUGGAAGUGGAACAGAAACCAUCUCUACCUCAGGACGGGAUUUCAGAACGGGAGUUUACACAUAUGCAGAUGGAGCUAAAAGAGUGUCGUCUGAGGCUGGCAGAGGAGCGAAGGGCCAGACUAAGAGCAGAGUCAAAGCUCAUGGAGUUUGAGAUGGAGAACAUCCGUCUUCGUGAAAACAAUCUCUCCCUGUCAGAGGCGCUUGCAGCAGCAGGCUCCUCAUCAGCGCGACCUGCUUUUGGUGCUCUGGAGGACGAGGCUGUGCUUGAGAGUAUUGAGAGCUCAUUCACCAAGUUCCAUGCUUUCCUGGAUCUCCUAAAAGAUGCUGGCCUAGGUCAACUUGCAUCAAUGGCUGGAAUUGAGAAAUCAGAUUUUCACCCUCCAGGCAGACCUCAACUUUCCUCUACAGUCAGACCAGGUUUAGGCAGUGCAGAAUCACCGGACCGAGGGGAGUAUUUGGAUGUCCGGGCGAAAACCGAUGCGCCAUUUCUGGAAGGCAGCAUCCUGCUCACUCACACUGGUAAAUCUGCUGGCACCAUCACUCCCAGAUCUCCAUCUCCUGUCAGGGAGUCCUUGCCUGUUGACAGGCGGAUAGAUCUGACCUUCAAUCAGGCUCAAGGAUCGGCAGGUGGCCCUGGUGUAGGUGAAGAGAAGGAACCAGAAAAGUAUUCAAAGCCUGGUACCCAGCAUGACUCUGGCUCUGAGCGUAGUUCCUGUUCCCAAAAAUCACCAGACAAGGCUUCUAUUAGUAAAACUUUUCAGACUCUAACAAACCAACCAAAGAACAACAGCAACUCUCAUAAAAGCAACGCUUCCAAUGGAUACAGCCUCCACAAGAGCUAUGCGAACAGCCAUGCCUCCCAUAGCAACGGGCCUCAUGGUGGAUCGUCGGGAAGAUCAAGUGUUAGUGACAUUAUAAGUGACAGGGCAGGGUCUGUGGGAUCAGUGGGGUCAGGGAGCAGGGGGCAGGGAAAGCUAACAACGGUCAGUCAGUCAGGGUCAGAGGGGUCAGAUGGGAAAGCCUAUCUUGGGAGGGAGACUCUGGAACAGAUCAGGUCUCUGGUCAGUCUGGGAGGGCAGUCAGACAAUGAUUCCUUCUGACCAGAGAAAUUAUUAACUGCUCCUUCUCUGUGCCUUGUCCUUCAGGUGAAUGUAGUUAUUUCUUUAGAUUGAUGGUCACUUCAGGAAUGUCUGUGAUGUAGAUUUUAUACAUAUAUUUUUUAAGUAUAUCUUUCAAGCUUUAGGAGAAGUUAAACGAGGAUUCAGGCUUGUUUAUUGUGUUGGUUCACUUAAGGGGAAAACAUGAGAAGUCAAUCUGACAUGUUGCUUUACAGCCAAAGUAAAGGCAGGUUUAAAGGUACUAUACAAGUAAAAUCUAAACUAACACAUUCAUAAAUGCCAAACAUUGCUAAGAUCCUUAAUUUAUACCUUUUUCUGUAAAGCAUUUAUUUUUUUAUUUAGUGUGAGAUUACACAUUUAUGGCUCCAGUCUAAUGCCACAUCAGUCAAGUCCCAUUUAAAAUACAUCGAUCAGUUUCUUAAAUGCAGUUCUGUUAUGUGGCAAAAUAAAUCAAACCUCAGAGACAGACCAAAUCCUAGAGCAGUUUUAAGUACUUCCUUCCUUCCUUUCAAGGUCCUUUUCUAUUGGCUCUUUUAACUUUUUCAAUCAAAUGCUGAAUUUAGUUCCAUCAUUUAUUACUUUUUUAUUUUUAAAAAGGCUUUGAUGAUAUUGAAUGUUCACUUUGUUGGGCUUAAAAGGGCAUUCUGCACUGCUCUAAAGUGUUUGUCAAUAAACCUGGUUGCAUUUUACAUUUCUGAGAAUCAGAGUUUCAUCGUUGAAAUAGUGUGAAAAUAUUAAGAAUGCAUUAACACCAGCGUUUCCUUAUAGUCAAAUAUAUAUCCUGUUUAUGCCAGUGACACAUAAAAAACUAACAGCUCAACUAACAUAAAAGUUUCAUUCAUAAAAUCAGAGGGAUGAAACAUACUGUAAAGCCAAAGAGACUCAAGACUGAAAUUUUGUAUUUAAGUGAUAUUGGUAAGGUACCUCUAAAAAUGUAAUACAAUGUAAAUUUUUUAUUCUGUAAUUAAAUUCAGAAAGUGAAACUUCCAUAUCUUCUAAAUUCAUUACAAAGUGAAAUAUUUCAAGCCUUUUUUACUUUUAAUCUUUAUGAUAAUGGCUUCAAGAUCAUAAAAAAUCAGAACUCCCGUAACUCAGAAUAUAAGAACAUUACAUAAGACUAGUCAAAAAAGGAGUUAUA